UCAAAGGACAAAACAACAAAACAAAGUGACCGUUGUUGAACUUGAACGGAACUGGUCGAACUUUCUUAUCUGGAGUUAUUUUAAUUUUCUGCUUUUUGAAUUCUCUGAAACUGCUAAAAAAAAGUGGUAAAAAUCAGUAGAAAUCAAGUGGUAUAAUCCUCAGAAUAUCACUUUAUUUGAAAAGCGGUUCUGCGUCAUAGCUCGGCUGAUGCUAGCUGCUUCGUAGAUCGACGAGCGAUGUCGACUAGUUCAAAUAGUUCAUCUUCUAGGGAUUUCGCCGAACAGUUAAGUAUCCAUAAGUUACUCCUCCGUCAUGCAAGUCAAAAUUCCCUUGAUGAGAGCUCCCAGAAAGAGUCUACCCAGUCUUCACCUGAAAGGCCAUUUUAUCACAACUCAGAGCACUUUUCCAAGGCAUUUUCCAAGUUCAACAUGAUGAGAAAAGAAAAAUUUCUCUGUGAUGUUGUCCUAAUAACUACAAAUCAAGAGGAGUUUCCGGCGCAUAAAGCAGUUCUGGCUUCUUGCAGCCCUUACUUUCAUGCUAUGUUUAGCUGCUUUGAGGAAAGUAACCAGAACAGAAUAGUUCUUCAAGAUGUGGACCCCAAAGCCCUAAGCCUCCUGUUAGACUAUGUCUAUUCUUCUGAAAUUCAAGUCAAUGAAGAUAAUGUUCAGACCUUGUUGCCGGCCGCCAAUCUUUUGCAAAUGUUUGACGUCAAAGAAGCCUGUAGUGAGUUUUUGGUAACUCAGUUACAUCCAUCUAAUUGUCUCGGAAUUCGGGCAUUUGCCGAUCUUCAUGGUUGCAUAGAUUUAUUGAAUUUAGCCGACAAGUACACUGCCCAGCAUUUUAGCGACGUGGUGGAUGGAGAAGAAUUUUCUAGUUUACAGUGCCAAGAUGUGAUACGUAUAAUUAGUAGCGACAAAUUGACUGUAUCGUCCGAAGAGAAGGUGUAUGAAGCUGUGAUGAACUGGGUAAAUGCCAACAUUGAUGACAGAAAUAUUGAGUUAUCUCAUCUAAUGGAGUACGUUCGUCUUCCACUUCUUCCUCAAGACUAUCUUUUGCAGCAUGUCGAAACCAACACUUUGAUGCGAUCUAAUGCUCACUGCAAAGAUCUCUUGAUUGAAGCCCUUAAGUAUCAUUUGCUCAAAGCUGAUCAAAAGCAAAUAUAUCAAACUUCUAGAACUCGUCCGAGGUUACCGAUAGGCAUGCCAAAAAUUCUUCUUGUCGUGGGCGGUCAAAGCCCAAAAGCGAUUCGCGGAGUUGAGUGUUACGAUUUUGAAACUCAAAAAUGGAAUCCCCUUGCAGAAAUGCCUACCAGACGGUGCAGGGCAGGCUUAGCUUCUGUUUGCGGACGCAUUUAUGCAAUCGGGGGUUUCAAUGGAUCCCUACGUGUGCGCACGGUUGAUCUCUAUGAGCCGAAUUUGGACCAGUGGUUUCCCGCUCCCGAUAUGGAAACGCGCAGGUCUACGUUGGGUGUUGCCGUUCUAAAUAAUUGCAUCUACGCUGUUGGAGGAUUUGAUGGUUCUACGGGACUGAAAUCCGCCGAGAAAUUUGAUCCAACAACACAAGAAUGGCGUGCAGUGGCGUCCAUGACUACGCGACGCAGCAGCGUAGGUGUAGGUGUUUUGAAUGGCCUCUUGUAUGCGGUUGGUGGAUAUGAUGGGGCUUCUCGGCAUUGCCUGGCAUCCGUUGAAUGCUACUCACCUGAAACAGAUUCGUGGAGUUUAAUUGGAGAAAUGGCUUGCCGGCGGAGCGGAGCCGGUGUGGGAGUAUUGAACGGUUACCUUUACGCCAUUGGCGGUCAUGAUGGACCCAUGGUACGGCGAUCGGUCGAGAGAUUCGACACUGUGACUAAAACGUGGACUUCCAUUGCGGACAUGUCACUUUGUCGGAGAAACGCUGGAGUGGUGACGCAUGAUGGUUUACUCUACGUCGUAGGAGGUGAUGAUGGAACAACUAAUUUGAAUUCAGUUGAAGUGUAUGAUCCCGCAACGAACAGCUGGUCAAUGUUGUCCGCCUGUAUGGGUAUUGGCCGAAGUUAUGCUGGAAUCGCCAUAAUCAAUCGACCAUGUUGAACAUAUUUCAACCAGCCAAGUCAAUGGAAGUUCUCAUUUCGUUCGUAAAACGUAUCAAUCCAAUCGUGACAGCAGAACGGCAUGCAUUUUCAAAUGUGACGACGUACAACGUUUGAAUCAGAAUCCUUGCAUUCGAUGUUGUUUUUUUCUGGAUUUUGUUGCCAAAAACGCUUCUCAGGGGUAUCCGUGCAUUUCCUUACCCGUUCCUUUGAUGUAAAAAAAAAAAAAAACAAAAAAAAAAAGGAAAAAAAAACGCUAGCGGAAAAUUCAAGUAUAUUCUCGAAUACGUCUGCUCUUUGUAAAACCGAACCUUAUGAUAUUUCGAAUAAAUCUGGGCGAUUCGAA